AUUGGUAGUUGCAUUCGGGUCAGUGGUGUAAUUUUAGGAAGAAUUUGUUGUGUUUUUAUAUCUUUUACAGAAUUGCUGUGUUAUUUCUAGUCAGAACUUAUACUUGCUUUAAGAAAUGUUUAAUCUUGAGUCAUUUCUGAUCACAUCAUUUAACAUUUUGGUUGCUAUUGCUCCCGCCUUUCACCGUCUGGUUGUGUAAUCGUUCUUCUAGCGUUUUGCUGACUAUUUAUUUAAAAGUUAAGUGAUAUUAAUUAUCGGCACGUACGUAUUGAAGCUAGUGAGAUAAUGGCCACCGUAAGCUCGCAAGAUAACAGUGCUCUCGUAGAUCAGACCGUGCCACAAUGGAAACGCGAGCUUAUCUUGCGUCGACGAGCAUUGGUUAGGACGCUACCUGCUGGUAACACGACAGUUAAGCUCACUCGGCCCAGUGUUGUGGCAGCUGUCAGACAACCUGAACAGGGUACAGCUACCGAAAACGUCAUAGGAAAGCAACAACAUUGUGGUACGACCGUGUUAGCCUCGAACAAGGGCAUACUGGACCAGGAGCGUGCGGACUUUAACCCUAGAGGGCGCAUAAGCGACUCAUCCUCGACAGCUGCAGCAGCAGUCGUCGGGAACAUGCGGCUCGUGGAGCAUAUUGCGGAUGCGGGAGCUGAGUUGGUGAUAAAUGGCGUUAGUGUGGACAACAGUUCUAUAAAUCUUGAUUCGAGUUCUGUUAAAACGUGUUCCAAGAUGGGUGAAGAAACAUCUGCGAAGAAAAUGUGUUCUGCGAGUAGGCCAGUCAUAGACAAUGGUGUACUGCUAAGUGAAAAUAAUAAUUGUAGUCAUCCCCCGGAUGAUGGUCAGUCCGAUUCAAGUGAAGAAUUAGAGUAUGGUCCAGGUAUAGUUAAUAAAUUACGCAGCAAGUAUUUAAGUAUGACUUUAAGGGAAAAUCAAAACAAAGGAGUAAGACCUUCACUAGUCAACUUGAGGAGAGCUACUAGUCUUGAAAAUAUGUUAGAUAGUGAGGGCCUGGAUGCCGGAAAACCUCAGAUAAAGGCACAACCACGUUUUGUUAAGAAAGAGGAUGCAAAUAAAACCACUGCCAAACCACAGAAGACUUCCCAACACCACCAGCGAUACAGAGGCAUCAGUCGUGGUAAUGAUUCUUUAAAGCGUGCUCGCUCAGUUGAAGCUCUAUGUCGCAAUGAAUUAAAAGGUAACAUUAUGAACCGAGGUGCAUUUAGGCAUCCGGUGAAGUCUGGAGUUAUUGACAUAAAUAAAAACAGUGCACCUGUCAUCAAACCUCUGGUGAAUGAAGAUAUUAUUAUUGUAGAAAAUACAGCCAAGAACAACAAGAAGACAACAGAUAUCAAAACUUCUCCUCAAGUACCGAAAAUGCGUACAGCAAGCGUAGCCCCGGAAACUGAAUUACCUCCACCUGAUGUUGUGAAAACUACAAUGAAGAUAUUUGAAGGUUCUCCAGGCCACAAAGUGUCAUUUCCUCAUAAGACUGGAAAUAUCUGUCCAAAAGGUAAUGCGAAACCAGCAUUGCCACCUAAGUUAAAUGCAGAAAAAGUACAACAGAAAUGUCUGAAUAAGUCUCCUCCUAGAAGAGGUUUGGCUCCAUCUCCAGAAUUGCGACCAUUUUCACCACCCAACAGAUUGCUGUUAUCUCCUGACAACUCUUCCACCCCUCCAUUGUCACCUUCAUCUCCUACACCAGGUAUUCGGAAGUUGAAAUCCCCAUCUCCAACAAUAGAGAGUAAGCAGGCUUUGUUUAUGUUCAAAGAAGCUUCUGAAAGUGAACAGUUUGUGCCUCAACAAGUUAUAUCAAAUGGUAAAGCAAGUUCAGUGAAGACUAGUGUUGAAGGUGAGAGUUCUGAUGAAGAUAUUGGUGAUGGCGCUGUGAAAACCGUUCCUCAGACUGUUUUAGAAAACAUUCGCAAAGAUGGCCUUUCUCUUGAAUUUUCUUUCAAUAGGGGUGGAAAAAAUAGUAAUGAAAAAAUUAAGUCAUAUUUACCCAGUGUUAAAAAUUCUGUUCAAAAUGAACAAUUAUCACCAGUACUGUCACCUGGUGCAUUUAAUGAGUCACCAGCUUUGAAAAUUGUUUCCUCUUCCAGUGUUUCUAAUUUUCAACAAGGUUCAAAACAAAUUGGUGUUAUUCGUCCAAUGGUUACUAAUAAGAAUUUGCCUGUGUCUUCAGGGGUUACUGGUAGGGAAAUGGAAAAGAAUUUGAUUAACCGGGAGAAGUUGAAUGAUCAACCAAAAAAUAAAGUAUUAGUGAAGAAGAAAAUCGAUGAUAUAAUAGAAGGAGUGAAUGUGAAAGAAAAAACUAGUAACAGUGAAAAAAAUGUUCUUCCAAGUAAACUUAGGAGUACCAAGUCGGGUGGCGAUCACACACAGAAUAUAAUGGUAUUCAACUUCAGUAAUCGGAAGGAUCCACCACCCGAUUACAUUCCAGAUGAUGGUUUAAACUUGGCACCUAAGAAUAAAUUUAAGGGCGGCGAUGGCGUCCUCAUCCUCGGGGUGGCGGGCGAGUCGUCGACGGACGAGGUGGGCGGCGGCCCGCCCUCGCCCUGCGACGUCACCUUCGAGGGCGCAAACGUCCUCAUCAACGGCCGAUCCAACCUGCGGAAGCAGCCUCGGGCCAACAAGUUACGCAUCUCUUUUGAUGAUUCAGCCACCACCACAUUUGAAUACCCCUCAGAAUCAUCGUUAAUGGAUGCUGAGGAAGAGCAUUUUCAGAGUAUGGAUGGUAAAGCAAGCAGUCCCAGUGGUUUACCUUUAGCUCCUCCGUCAGGUCCUACACCUGGAGUACCUGUGCCUCUAGGUGGCAGUUCCCUUGCCAGCUACACUCCUAGCAAGGUUCACCUUGGUAGUGAAGACUUCCAGUUAGGCGUUACCCGAGCCAAUCCUGCAGGUGCUGCAGUAGACCCCAUUUCCAAAGCCUCAGAUUCAAGCAGUGUGAAUUCAGCUGACUUGGAGCAAGAAGAGUACUUGAAGCCUGCAGAGGAGAGUGAGACAGUAGCUUGGAGUGCAGAAACAACAGCUGAUUUGCUCUUCUGAAGCUGCUUCCUUCAUAUUGCUUACCAAUGGAUGUGAUUGGAAAUUUGAAUGAGCUUGUCUGUUUCAAUAUUUUGUAAAUGUGUGAAUGUGUGUAUGAAUGUGUGAGUGUGUGUAUCUACAAGAACCUUAUUGCUUAACAUUUCCGUAAGUUUUUGGUGAGAUAAUACUGAUAAUUUCUUUACCUAAAUAUUCCAGUUGCAUUCAGGAAUUUGAAAAUAUUUAAUAUUCAGGAUAUCGUAAGAAUUUCAGUAAUAGCUUUGACAUUUAUUGUGCUGAUUUUUAUUGGUUGCAUUUUUUGGUCGCGUUUAAAUGAUUUGCAUCAUGUGGAUGAACUUUUGUGACAAAAGAGAAAAAUGUUGAUGGAUCAAUACUGGUUCUCGUACUUUUUCACAGUUAUAAACAUGGGAAAAUGUAUAAAAAAUACAGUCAGACUUCUCUGAAUACUUGCCAUAGUAUAUUGUCGUGGAUCAAUAACAAGUCUGAUACAUGUCAAUGAAUGGACAGUAGUUGCAUUAUUAUAUUUUUUUAUUAUAAUGGAAAAGUACAU